AAUAAUUUUGAACGUUUAAGUUAAUUCCGGUAAUUCUUAGGAAACGAUAAAAACCACAUCGUUUCUAAUCAUCCACUUUAUUAUCCUUUUUUUACAGGACCACGCUAAAAUAUUUCCUUUGAUCUACAACUUUUCCUUUUAAAUUUUCAUGUAUCUAAUAAUGUUUCUGGUUCUCCAUGCAUAAAGAUUUAAAUGUUCCGAAACUGUUUUCCGAUUCAAUCAAAGGAGCUACUCCACGGUUUGCGCAUCUUGAAAAGUUAAGCCUAAAGUUUUCAAGUUCGUCGUUUGUAAUCGGUGUCAAUCUUCUCCAUCCUUAACCAUCUUUGUUCCUUUAUAGUUUAUUAAUAUCUCUGUGAUGUUUUCCCUUCUUAGUGAAGUACUAUUUUCAGGUUUCCUUCAAUUUGAAGGUAAUUUUGUACGUGGCCAAGGUACCGUCACUGAGCUCCAUUCACUUUUCAGGUGGACGCAUAGAUCAGUUGCUCUACAUGCAAGAGUCAGCUUUGAUGGAGGCCGUCAGUCAAGGAACCCCCGAGAGCUGGACUUGGCAGGUAGGACUCAGACGACCUAAUGAACCAAACCUGUUUUGUUGCGGUGUGCUAAUCGGCCGCGCCUGGGUUCUUACAGCUGCGCACUGCGUUUACUAUAUGAGGAACCUAAAGCCAACACCAGUGAUUGAGGUCAUCAUCGGCGAGAAAGAUCUUCGGAACAAAGAUGGAGUGCUAACUAACGCAACUGAAGUAUUUGUUCAUAAGUUAUACGAUCCCCACACCCAAGACUAUGACUUUGCAAUGCUGCAGCUAGCCGAUCCCGUAGAACAAAGUCCACUGAUGUACAUCCGUCCCGUGAAGCUACCCGAGGAAGAUACGGACUUUGAAUCAGGAACGGUCUGCUUCGUUUCCGGCUACGGAGCACCGGAACCCGGAAAUAACUCGUUCGCGAAGCUGAUGAUCGUUCAAGUGCCGAUUGCAAGCAAAGAUGCCUGUAAGAAGGUUUAUGAAGAUCGCAAGAUUACACCAAGAAUGUUCUGUGCGGGUUUCGAGGAAGGAGGUGUUGAUGCUUGUCAGGGAGAUGGAGGAGGGCCGCUGGUCUGCAAGGAUGGCUCCAGCUGGUAUUUGAAAGGACUGGUGAGCUGGGGACGAGGGUGCGCUGUACCCGGCAGCUAUGGAGUGUAUGCAAACGUCAAAUCGGUCAUGAAAUGGAUAGACGGAAUAACGGGACUUUCAGCAGAAUGAUUUGGAACAGGCUACAGCCGGAAAUCGUUUUUACAACUUCGAACAGAAUUUAAAUCGCAACUUACAUGAACUUGCGCCUCAAUAUACCCUCUUGUGCAAAAGGAAAUCAAUAUUAUCUAUAUAUAAACAAAAUGGCUUUAAAUAUCAGCAUUUAAACACUUCUAGAGUUAAUCAUGACACUCAUACAUAAAUCUAACUGUGCGUAUCCCACGCGGAGCUUAGGCUAAAAACGCCAGAUUUUUUAACUAUCGAAUUGGAGGUCAAUUACCUAAUCAAAUUUUCAUGUCCUAGUAUUUUUAUGUGAUUUUUCACUCUGCUGCGGACGUCUUGCCGUUUUGCACCAUUAAAAUAUUAUUCUUAAUGACAAUAAGUGAAUGCAUA